AUGACUGGCCCUUCUCUACUGGGAGAUGUGUCCGUAACACACAACUGGGAGAGGGCCUCUUCGGUCUAUUGUUGUCGCUCUCAGCACUUCUGUCGACCUCGGGAAUUGCGCUAUGGUCAUGGGCAACUGUCCCCCGACCUGGCAUCAAAGUGGGUGACCUUGGACCGGGAUGAGGCGACGAAUGCAUUCUUAGAGAACUGUUUGGCAGGUCACUUGGGUCCCAGACUUCUGGACAUUUGCAAGUUGGCUCCUUUGCGUAUCCUUCGUUGGUACUUCUCCGCCACGGACGCCAAUGCGCUGUUGGGCCGCGGGGAGAUGUUCGUGUUGAGCUCGGACCAGGCCCAGCGCUUGCUAGGCGCUGGCACCAGUGGUGUGUUGCUGGAUAUCGGCGCGGGCGCAGGGCACACCACCUCAGAGCUCGCUCAGCUGUUCGACCAGGUCGUUGCUACAGAGGUCAGUGGACCCAUGGUGACCAAGCUGGAGGCGAGAGGCUUUCCAGUGCUGCAGGGUUCAGACCUCUCUGGGCUGCAGGACCUAGCGGCGCUCCAUGGCAUUGCUCUGGGUGAGGGUGGUUUGGUGGAUUGCAUUGCUUUGAUGAAUGUUUUGGACCGUUGUGACCGUCCUUUGAGCCUUUUGGAAGAGAUACGAGAACGUUUAAAGCCGGAUGGCAGGUUGUUGCUGGCCGUGGUUCUUCCCUUCCGGCCCUUCGUGGAGAAUGGGAUUUUUCAUUUGCAACCUUCAGAGCAGCUGAAUUUGAGCCGCAAUGCAAUCUUUGAGUAUGCAAUGGAGGAGAUAUGGCUGUCAGUGCUGAAGCCCAUGGGUUUUCACUUGCAGGCCGUGGCCCGCGUGCCCUAUCUUUGCAAGGGAGACUUGUUUGCCAACGUCUAUGUCUUGGAUGAUGCCAUCUUUGUGCUCAGUCGUGCUUAG